AUUCUGGCUAAAGCUCUGGCUCUUCAAGUCGCGCGCGCCGCUCCAAGAUCACGCCGGCAGAUCGCGCUUCGCGCAGGCAUUGCCGUCGCCGAUGUCCUCCGGGCGGCUUGCCACGAAGGCCGCGACGGGCGAGGAGCCGUGCGACUGGAUCACCGAGCCCCAGGAAAAUGGUGAGUCCAACGUGGUCACCUAUCCCGACACCGACAGCGAGUUCGGCGACUACACCGCGGUCCGCGACACCUGGCGCCAGGCCGCGGGCACACAGCAGGGUCUUCCCGGCGGCGAGGGCCCCGGCGCGCCGCGGGGUCCCGCCCGUGCGGGGGAACCGCCGCGGCUGCCCGCCGCCGCGCAGGGCUCCACGCGCCGGGGCCGCAAGAAGCGCCUGAAUCAGAGCCAACAUGAUCAAGGACCUCGCGGGCACGAGCGACCCCGCGAGCAUCACCACGGUGAUGGUGCGCAACGUGCCGGUCGGGUGCAAGCAGGCCGAGGUGGUGAGCGAGCUGGACAGGUCUGGCUUCAAGGGCACUUAUGAUUUCUGCUACCUGCCGUGCGACUUCGACUCCAGCCACAACAAGGGGUACCUGUUCGUGAACUUCAAGACUCCGACCGCUGCGAGGUGCUUCAAGAGCAUGUGGCACGGGCGCCAGCGAUUCCCAGACCAUCCCGACAGCCGCUCCCUGCAGGUGACUGCUGCGCACAUCCAGGGGUACGAGGCCAACAUGGCGAUGCUGCAGACCGCUGGGGCCAUUCGGAAUCCCAAUUUCCGCCGACUCGUCAUCAGCAAGAGCGACCCCGACCCCUGCAUCCCGGCAACGACACCGCCUGCUGCCCCGCCAGCCACUGGGCUCCCAGCAGCGCCUCCGCAAUUCGGCGGCCUCGCAAAAGGAGCCGGCCCCCAGCCAGCGCUGCCGAUGCCGCCGGGCAGGUUCUUCUCGGCCUCUUCGGGCGCUCGUCCACAGACGUCCGCGGGCGAGUGCCACGUGCAGCAGUCCCCCAAGCCGGCAAUGCUCUAGACGGCUGGUUCGAGCCAGCGUCAGGCCAGGCAGCAGGGCGCGCAGGCCUUCCCAGGGCCAGCCGCGAGGCAGAGGCGCCACCUGACCAUGUGAGUCGCCCGCGGCCCGCCAUCCUUGGCUUGCCAGCAGCAGCUGAUAAAGCGCGCGCGCACGGAGCAUCCGCCGCUUCUGCCAAGCGGUAUCAUCGAAUGCUGCCGCAUUUGCACGGCGCAGCGGGCACCUGGGGAAACCCGAGCGAGUGGUACAGGGAGAGGCAGGGCAUGGUCGCAUGAACAUCGAUUGAUGAGGAGAGGGUUGAUUGGGUACCUCUCUUCGGCUGCCAUUGCCAUCGUCGUCUCAACAUUUUUGCUCCUCUUCGUGACCGAUGUCACGCGUCCGCGCGCCAAUGCGCUAUCGUGGGUCAGAGGCUUCACGUAUUUAGUCUUGUUGACUGCUUGCUCACUGUGACAAACAAUUGCCAUCACAUAUGCGAGGAAUCGACUUAGUGGUUCCCGAUAGCUUCAGACUGGCCCGCAUCUGCUGGUAGCGUCACAACCGUCGCGUCGGACAGCGGUCUCAGGCUGAGGAGGUUCACACACGCUAGUAGGGUUCACGCCCGCCAAGUCUGACAGCGACCUCCAAAUGAGAAUGGCAGUGUCGGCUUGUAGGGUCCACACCCGCAACGCCUGACAGUGAUCGCAAACUGACAAGGCCCACAUCCGCCGGUGUGUUAUUCUUUGUAAGACCCCGCACGUAAGCUGUAUAAGCUCAGGCGCGGCUCUAUGAGGGGGG